AUGAGUAAUACCGAAAUACAGCCCGGGGAUGCUAGUCCGGCCCCUGUCACGGAGGCCCAGGGAGACCGAGAUCAGACGGCGAACCGGCAGUUCAGGCUCCGCAAUUCGUGUGACCGCUGUCAGGAUACAAAGCUCAAGUGUUCACAGGCCAAGCCGGCGUGUCGACGGUGCGUCCGCCUCGGUCUUCCGUGCGUGUACUCCCCGAUCCGCCGACUGGGCCGGCCGCGCAAACAUUCCUCCAGUCAGCUAGAAGAUUCGACUCAACAACAGCAGCAACAACAACCGCCGCCGCCAUCGUCAGCAUUACCAUCGUGGGGAGGUGCAGGUGCAAGUGGAGGCGGCCAGGGCGAGAACCACGACAGCGAAGUUCCAAAUAUCGGACAGAGCCGGGGUGGACCAUCGACGUCUACCUCUUUGCAGAAAAUUCUAACCCCAGCUUUCCACGAGACAGUUUCGCCCUUCACAGAUGCCUUCCUCGACGCCAUGUCCGGAGUCAACGAUAACGGGGGUAGCACUAUCGUAAUCCCUAGCGCUUUGCAUCAGCCAGUGAUAGACAGCAACCAUCAGUUUGACGUCGUCAUGGAGACACUCUUCACGACUGACCCGACGACCUCGGAGUCGCUCUCCGCCGCCGUCAGCUUGAAUGAGACGACGUUCGAGGACCUCCAGAAUUGGGCUACGGAGCGAAGUCAUUACAAUACACCAGUGGACCAACACGAGCAGUUUGGAACUGAAGCUCUCAGUGGCACGACUGACCGCUCUUCGAGUUCCACCAUGAAUCUGUCCGAAAGUGGCGCGGCGGCGGCGGUGGCAGCAGUGUCCGACGUGUUUAGUCCCGACAGAUCAUCAGCGCACUUUCACACACAACCUCUCGCCAUUUCCACAUCAUCAUUAACCUCGUCUUCGCUCUUAUGCAGCAACGACUGCUACCGCUGUCUUAGCCAACAGCUCGCCGGGUUGAACAGCUUCACAAAUUACUCAGUGGCACCCAAUGUCGACAUUAUUCUACAAAUUGACCGGAACAUGCAAGAGCUCACCCAGAGUCUCCUCAACUGCCCACAUUGCCUAGCCAACGAUAGUAGCCUCCUGCUGCUUUCCAUCAUCAUGGAUCAGGCGACCCGGCUGCUGGAUUGCUUCAUCGAGAAAGUCAAGCCCGACGUGGCCAUCAUGGACCAUCAGAGCUCAAGCCGAGGAAGUUCAGGUGGUCCGAACAAGAAUAACGCAGGGGACGGCAAUUCUGGCGUGACGUACCAGAACAGUUACCGCAGCCAGCCGUCCGCGAGCGGCGUUGGGCUGGGGAAGCUCUACAUACCCCCGGCCGUGCCGGCGGCGCCCCCGCUCCAUCGCAAACAGUCCUUGAUACAUACGACGGAGCUGCGGAUCGGCGAGUACGAGGUUCUAGACGAAGACUUGAAGCUGACGUUUUUGAAACGGCUUGUUCGGCACCGCUUAAGGAUAUUCGUUGGAAUGCUAACAGACCUCCAAAAUACUACGGGAGGGCACAUGAAAGAGAUGCAGUGCAGUGCGACUCUCGGGAUGUUAAGAGGAGUCAUGGAGCGCGUCGAGCGUCUUCGAGGGAAGAUGUCGAUCAAGUGGUGA